AGGCCGCCGCUUCCUUUCUCUCCCUGGGCCUCAGCGAGCUGGCAGGUCCGGGCUAAGGGCCGCCGGUGAAUCCGCCUCCAUCCUCCGCCUGCCGCGGGAGCUCGAGCCUUCUCAGCCGCCGCCAUGACGGAGCAGAUGACCCUGCGUGGCACCCUGAAGGGCCACAACGGCUGGGUGACCCAGAUCGCCACCACUCCUCAGUUCCCGGACAUGAUCCUCUCCGCCUCACGCGACAAGACCAUCAUCAUGUGGAAGCUGACUCGGGAUGAAACCAACUACGGGAUCCCCCAGCGAGCCCUUCGGGGCCACUCCCACUUUGUCAGCGAUGUGGUUAUCUCCUCAGAUGGGCAGUUUGCCCUCUCUGGGUCAUGGGACGGCACCCUGCGCCUCUGGGAUCUUACCACAGGCACCACCACCCGGCGUUUUGUGGGCCACACCAAGGAUGUGCUGAGCGUGGCUUUCUCUUCUGACAACCGCCAGAUCGUCUCGGGGUCCAGGGACAAAACCAUCAAGCUCUGGAACACUCUGGGAGUCUGCAAGUACACUGUACAGGAUGAGAGCCACUCGGAGUGGGUGUCCUGUGUGCGCUUCUCCCCCAACAGCAGCAACCCCAUCAUUGUCUCCUGUGGCUGGGACAAGCUUGUGAAGGUGUGGAACUUGGCUAACUGCAAGCUGAAGACCAACCACAUUGGGCACACUGGCUACUUGAACACAGUGACAGUCUCACCCGACGGCUCCCUGUGUGCUUCAGGUGGCAAGGACGGCCAGGCUAUGCUGUGGGACUUGAACGAAGGCAAGCACCUGUACACCCUGGAUGGUGGAGACAUCAUCAACGCCUUAUGCUUCAGCCCCAACCGCUACUGGCUGUGUGCAGCCACUGGACCCAGCAUCAAGAUAUGGGACCUGGAAGGCAAGAUCAUUGUGGAUGAGCUCAAGCAGGAAGUGAUCAGUACCAGCAGCAAGGCAGAGCCACCCCAGUGCACCUCAUUGGCCUGGUCUGCUGACGGACAGACUCUGUUUGCCGGCUACACGGAUAACCUUGUUCGCGUCUGGCAGGUCACCAUUGGGACCAGAUGAGAGAGUGCAGUUGACCACAAGGCACAGACUUAUAAUUAUGUACAAAACAGAAACAAUAAACUUUUUGUGCUGAACGUUA